UUCCGCCUUCCUGUGCUAUAUACCCGGAUGGCCGGAUACCCCAGCUCUCCAAGCUGUUGCCUUUCGUAGCCCGGUUGAUUCACCUUUCCCAGACCAUCUUGUUUCGCAAGAGAGCAGGGUUUAGAGAAGGGAUCCGAUGGUCGAGACCAAGGUGUGCAGGGUGAUGUUCGAGCGCGGCGAGAUCAGAACCACCGUGACGUCCUCCGGCGAUGCCGUGGAGGCCUGGAUCGACGAGGUCCUCUCCGUCCACCGCCGCCGCCUGAGCAAUCUCGUCGUCGGGCUCGACGUGGAGUGGAGGCCCAUCUUCGGCCGUGGGUACAGCCGCACCGCGCUCCUCCAGCUCUGCGUCGGCCGCCGCUGCCUGAUCUUCCAGCUGCUCCACGCGGACUACAUCCCCGACGCGCUGGGUGAGUUCCUCCGCGACGACGACUACAGGUUCGCCGGCGUGGGCGUGGGGGCGGACGCGGAGCGGCUCUGGAACGACAAGGGCCUGAACGUGGCCAACACGGUGGACCUGGCCGAGGUCGCGGCGGAGGAGAUGGGCCGCCCGGACCUCCGGAACGCGGGGCUGAAGGCCAUCGCGAGCGCCGUCAUGGGCGUCGACAUCGACAAGCCGGACGCGGUGAGGGUCGGCCCCUGGGACAACUACUACCUCUCCGACCAGCAGAUCAAGUACGCCUGCAUCGACGCCUUCGUCUCCUUCGAGGUCGGCCGGAUCCUGCUCACCGGCGACAACUGAUCCCUGAUCGAACGUCGUCCGGCGGCCGCCGCUGCGAGUCCGUGUCCAUGGAAAUUGCAGUGCUUUUUUGUUCCAGAUUGUCCUAGACUCGUAGAUCCAGCACUUCCGAACGGGCUCGACUUCUCUCGUGAUUGCUGUUAGGUUUAGUUGGUAUGGUAAGGUCUUAGGGAUUUCCAGGGUGAAGGAAUAAUCAGGGCAGCCGCGGUGGAGACGGGAGUAAUUCUGGAGCAUUGUCGUGUCAUGUGUUCGUUCAUGUUUGCUGAAUAUCAGGUGAUUAAUCAGGUAUUUGCGUCGGUAUGAAUGGCGUGAGAUCUAAUCUUAAAGAAGUUUUGCUAGCGUCA